AGGAAACAUCAUAGGCGGUUGCAUUUGUCUUGAAGCCUAAGCUAGUUAAAGUUGCAUGGUCCAUUUGAUUUUUUUUUUGUUUUUGAAGACUGCUCCAUUUGAAUAUGCAAACCUUAUAAGUUAUAAAUAAUAUUACUCAUUAUUCUACUCCACAUACUAUAUCUUUUUUGUCAUAUCUUAUACUCUCUUUUUAUCCCUUCAUUUUUCUCCUGUGUAGAAACAAAUUUUUUUUUUUUCGUAUAAGAAAAAUAUACAAAAGUUAGGACAGUCUUAUUUAAAUACUCAAUUCGACCAUACUUUGCGAAAAGUGUGUAGCAUAUAUGGAAGUGACAAGCAUGUCUAUAGCAAUUUCUUUGGCAUGUAUUGUAUUAGUGAGUGUGUCAUGGUGUGUGUUGAAUUGGGUAUGGUUUAGGCCAAAAAGAUUAGAAAGAUGCCUUAGAAAUCAAGGGUUUAAAGGUAAUUCUUAUAGGCUAUUGCAUGGAGACACUAAGGAUAGAGCUACUAUGACUAUGGAAGCCAGAGCAUGCCCCCCUUUGCCUAAUUCGUCCAAUGAUUAUCUUCCACGUGUCCUCCCGUUUUUCCUUCAAACUCUGAACAAAUAUGGUAAAAAAUGUUUUGUAUGGAAUGGACCAGUGCCAUUGGUCACGAUUGCGGAACCAGAGUUGAUAAGAGAAGUGUUCAUGAAGUUCCACGAGUUUCAAAAGCCAAGGACUAACCCUCUUUUAGAGAAGGUUGCCUCUGGCUUAGUUAUGUUAGAGGGCCGAUUUUGGGCUACAAGGAGGAAGCUUCUUACUCCGGCUUUUCACAUGGACAAGCUAGAGUUUAUGCUUCCAGCAUUAUGGGAAAGCUCCAAUGCUAUGGUUAAAGAGUGGGAAGAAAUGGCAUCGAAGACAGGUUCAUGUGAAAUAGAAGUGUGGACAUAUUUUCGUAAAUUAUCUGCAGAUCUUAUUUCUAGAGCUGCAUUUGGAAGUAGUUACGAAGAAGGGAAGCGAAUAUUCGAGCUAUUAAUCGAACAAAUACAAAUUGCAAUUCCAGUUUUUAAUGCAGUUUAUAUCCCCGGUUGGAGGUUUAUCCCAACCAAGGCAAAUAGAAGAAUUGUGGAAAUUGACAAGGAAUGUCGCACUCUACUAAAAGGUGUUAUUGAUAAGAGAAAGAAAGCAAUAAAAGGAGGAGAAAAACCAAAGGAUGACUUGUUGGGAUUGUUAUUGGAAUCGAAGUUUAAAGACAAUGGACUAAAUAACAAAAAACACAUUGAGUUGAGCAUUGAAGAGGUGAUUAAUGAAAGUAAGUUGUUCUACUUAGCUGGCCAAGGUACCACUUCAUCGCUACUUGUAUGGACAAUUAUUAUGCUAGGAAAGUAUCAAGAAUGGCAGGCUCGAGCACGAGAAGAGAUAUUAAACACAUUUGGGAAUUGCAUCCCGGAUUUUCAAGGAUUAAAUCAUCUAAAAACUGUAAACAUGAUACUCCAAGAGGUUCUUCGAUUAUAUCCCCCGGUUUUAGAAAUAAGUCGUACAGUUACAGAAGAUAUUAGAGUAGGAGAUGUGUUCUUACCGGCGGGAGUGUUAGUCAAUCUUCCAAUUGCCCUCAUCCAACAAGAUGAGAAACUAUGGGGUGAUGAUGCUAAAGAAUUUAACCCAUUAAGGUUUAGUGAAGGGAUCUCCAAGGCAACAAAAGGGAAUAUGUCAUUUUUCUCAUUUGGUUGGGGCCCAAGAAUAUGCAUUGGAUCGAAUUUCGCCAUGACCGAAGCCAAAAUGACAUUAGCCUUGAUUCUACAACGAUUCUCUUUCGAGCUUUCACCAUCCUAUGUUCAUGCUCCAUCGACCAUAGGAGGUCUUAGACCACAAUUUGACGCUCCUAUUGUCUUUAAUCGAUUAUAGGCAAAAUAAAACCCGUAUAAUUUUACUUGUAAACCAUAGUCAUGCAUAAACAACAUUGUUGGGAAAAUAAAUUUAAGGUUGGUUCUAAUUUAACUUGGUUUUAAAUUGUAACCAAUUACUUACAACACCUUUUCUUUAAUUUCUUGCAUGUUUUUUCAUGUUAUGAGUAUAUAUGCUUUACUUAAACAUUGUUCUCAGAAUUCGGAUUUCCGUGGGCUUGGCCUUCGUCGAAUAUUGGUCCUUUUCUAAUAGAAAGUACAAUUUUUUAUUUU